GCUGGCAGAUUGGAGACCUUCUUGGAUAUGACCGACGCCGCGGCCGCUCUGAUGGGCGAGCUUGCGGCUAACCCCUCUGGCAGCGAGAGCUCGGGGAACGCUGAUCGCACGCUCCGCGGGGUGAAGGUCGAGUGCCCAGACCAUGCGCGUGCGAAGCUCACGCGCGCGCUUGCCUGCCAGAAGAUGCUCCUCGUCCUCGCGAAGGCCGAGGAGGAUGGCGCUCAACUGGCGAACGUCUCUGACGCGGUCGCAGUGGCGAGCCCGUUCAGGAGCAAGGACGACAACGUCGUCGGCGGGGAGACGCACUCGGACAGCCUGCAGGAGGACGCCGACGUCCAAAUCGUCGCGGAUUCGCCAGGGUUCGCUCUGCUCAGCCCGAGGGUGUCCCACCUCCGUCUUGGGCUCGAUGGGAGGAUCCUGGAGUGUGCCAAGGUGGCUGUCCACGAGCUGAUCCCCAUGAUUGCUCAGCGCGGGGAGGAUGCCCUCGAAAUCACGCUUGCGCUGCGCGCGUCUUUGGGGACGACCUUCGAGGCUGCGCUCGAGGAUUUGAAUUCUGCCCCUGUGGCUACGCACGAUCUCCUGGAUGCGAUCCGCGCUGUCAUUGCAGUCGUGGCUAGCACUCCUGCUUCGCACCAUUUUGCUGCGCUCCGGGCGGCGACGAAGGAGUUCCAGGACAAGAAGGAAACCGUCAAGGCCAAUGCCAUGCUAGCCCUCUACCACGGUGACUUCUACAAGCUCAGGGCCACUCGCGCGUUCAAACAUUCUCCCGACAUGGCGUCUGCAGUGAAGACGAUGGACUCUGCGAUGAAGGCCAUGUAUCGGUUGAACGGUUUCGGAUCAGAUGGCGUUGAGUUCACCAACAGCUUCACCUCGCCCUUGGAGCAGCUUCAGCGCGCACAGCAGGUAUUGGUGCCAGGUGCUACCAAGCAGUGGGAGAUCAACCUCGUUCACAGUUUGCAGCGCGUCUGGGGGUCGAUCGGCACAAGUAAGGGCAUCUCGCUCACGAAGAUCGAGGUGGGGAGCUUGGCUCGCUGCGCGAACUCUGCGAAGGACGUCAGGCCGUCCGAGAACGUGAUCGACGACAUCACCACCUGGUGUGCCUCCACUGCGCAAGCCGUGGCUGCGACCGAGCUUGACGAGACCGUUUCUGCCGGCAUCUCGGGUUGCUUUGACCCAGAGUUUGAUGUUCAGGAAUCCGUUGAUGCUCUCACGGCGGAAAAGCAGAAGAAGCGCCCGAAGUUUGCGGAGGACUCCAAGGUCGGCGCAUUGCUCAAGCGCGGGGCCUCCGCAGCGCACGUCCUUUACCGGGCUGGCGACGUGACCCAGGCACUUCUAGGGGAGGCAGUCGUCCCCGCGGGGUCGGUACUGCACCCGAGUGACCUCGGACAGGGUCGGAAAGCAUUCGCAUCGCGCUUGCAGCUGGAGGCCGACAUCGCCCUCACCUUGGAGACCUUGAAGGAAGGUGACUUGACCAACGCCCAGGCUGCCGAUGGCCCCGCGACCUCGAUCAAGCGCCUUCUCGCCCAGAUGGUGGAAUACGACAGGCGCUCGUGCUCUCUACCAGAGGAGCCCCACUCGAAGAAGAUGAGCGACGCGUUUGGUGAGUACAAGGACGGCCAGAGUUGGCAUUCCAGCCUGGCGAACACCUCGACGUUGACCGACUGCUUCGGCACCUGCGGUGAAUCGUUGCUCCAGCAGCCCGACUUGCACGUGCAGGCGGAGCGGAUUCAGGCGACGCUGCAGAGCUACCAGGAGGCUGGCUUGAUGAUCUCUGCGCUCGGGGCCACGCGCACGGAGGCGGUGCUGUUGCGCCUGUUCAACGGCGACGGUUUGGCCCAGUACGGGCCCGAGGAGCGCGACACGAGGACGCGCCAGAUCAAGCGCGAGCGCCAGAAGUUUGGCAAGCGGCAGAGCGUGCUCCAGCCCACUGGGGAUCGGGCCGCGGAGGCCGUGAAGAGGAAACAAGAGAGGCACGAGGGGGCCACGGACGCCACCGUCGCGGGUGAUGCUGAGGUCGAGGGCGGUAGAUUCCAGAGCGAG